AUGGAGAGAUCAAGAGCUGUGCUCCUCACUCUAAUGUGUGUUUUGAUCUCCAGCAUCUCUGGAAUAGUUGUGGAGAUGAGAGUCAAACCAGGAGACGAUGUGACCGUCUACUGUGACUGUGCUCGGCAAAGUGGAUUUAAAAUAGUAUGGGUGAUAAAACCCUUACAUGAGCAUCAACCUCCUCUCCCCUUUCAUUUAACUGAAGACUCGACACUUCCACAUUACUCUCAUGUUUGGAACAAGUCCAAGUUGACAUACGAUCUGCUGGUGAAGAACAUCACUGGAUCAGAACUUGGCUUGUACUACUGCGCUCUACAUGAGACCAAGUUUUCUAGAAAUAAGAAUGGAGAUGGAUUAAUAGAAGAUCUUUAUCAUGAUUGCAACAGAACCACUUUCCUCUCUUUCCAGGACACAACGGUUCCUUGUGCCAAUCUCUCCGAAACCCCCUCCACCCCUCCUGUAUCAGACUGUAGUGUCUGCUGGAAGCUGCUGGUCAGUGUGUGUCCUGUGUGUGUUCUCCUCUCCUCAGUGGUCUCCUCCAUCUGUGUGUACUGCAUGUGCACCACCAGAGCUAAAGCUGAUCAUGAAGCAGACCAGCAAAGGAAUAUCAGCAUGAGAAAACAUGAUGAGGUUGGAAAUGAUGUUUGCUAUGCUUCAUUGGACGUCCCGAGUGGUCAUAAGAAACGGCUGAAGACGAGGACAGUUGAAAGCUCUGAUUUCAGCACAUAUUCUCAGGUUAAAAUUUGAGAAAAUGUAGAACUUCUGAGGCGUACGCUGGACGAUCAGGAGGUCCAAGAAUGAAGGUACCUCAGUCAUGAAGUUUGGAGCUGACUUAGUUUGAAUAGAGUGAGAUGAGCGAGUUGAUUGUUUUGAAUUUGUCUAGAUAAAGUCAGUUCUUGAUGAUCUAUCUACUUUACUGAAUGUGAUUGAUUUGAUUACAUCCCAAGUUUGAUGGCUUAUUGGCUUCCUCAGUGAUUUCUUUCUUUGUUGUGUUCCUCUGUCUUUUCGUUCAGUUAGUAGCUUUUUAACGAUUUAAUGUUCUUGAUUUUUAUAAAACUAACCAUCGUAACUGUUGAGCGAUAGCCAUGUCUUUCCAGAGUAUUACAAAUGUAUUUCAAACAAAGACAAAUUGCUUUAUUUUUGGACUUUUUGUCUU